AUGAUACCCAAUCCUUUCCCUCGCGUUCUCCUCAUCUCUUUCUUCCUCGCCACUCUUUCCCUGGCCUUCAACCCGGGCUCCAAGCGGGGCCAUCUCAACCGAAGAGGCGAAGAGCAAAGCGUAACGGCGCCCCAACCCGUUCGACCAUCCUCCUCCUCCCCUUUCAUCCCCUCCCCUCCACCUUCCACCGAUGUCUCCAGCCGUCCCGAUCUGUCCACCGGUUUUCGUCGAUCUUCUAGCUUGCCGAACAAUUUUUCCCCAUUGUCAAGCUACAAACCCGCCCUUGACACCGCAGAAUGGUCAGCUGAUCUCCUAAGUCCUAACGCUAGAGAUGAACAAUCUCUUCCGGCUGAUGUGCCUGAGGCCGAGAUUAAAGAGACGUAUCCCUCCGAUCAAAACUUGGCGCCGAUAUCGAGGCAAAAGGUUAGGUGGUCGAAUUUAAAACCUUCUGCAAUUACGUUUUCGUCGAGACUCGCAAAGGUGAAAUCGGAAAAUGGUAAUCCAGACAGUUUCUUCAAAAAUGUUCCGGAAAGGUGGCCGACGAGGCUAAGGACGAAGCUUAACUGGUGGACGGCGAUGGCGAGGCCUGUAGGCCCUAACCAGCAGCAGAUGGAUCAGAAUCCUGUAGCUGGUAGACGGAAUAGAUUGGGUGAUAGGGUUGGAAGUGCUUGGGGUAGGAUGAAAACUGCUAGCAGCAACAUUGGAGAAAAUGUGAGGGGGUUGUUUAAGGGAGGUAAUCCUUCAGCUGCUGUUAGUGAUGCUAGGCAAGAGGCAGGGAAAGGGAAAAACAUCGCUCUUGCCGCCGAGCCUCUUCCCAGCGGAGCCCUCGACAAAUAUCUCACCAACCCCGCCAACUCACACAUAAAAGAAGCCAUCUCCCAACUACCCCAAACGACAGACGCAUAUCAACUCGUCUCAUACUCCGACCCAACCGCACCCGGCGGAGCACAAGUUUACCGGUUCUACAACAAACCCAAUCAUGAUGUGUACAGGGAAAGUGUUGGCUAUGUUCCACCCAUAUUGCACGAUGCGAAGAAGGCAGAGGCCGAGAUUAAAGAGACGUAUCCCUCCGAUCAAAACUUGGCGAAGAAAAAGGUUGGGUUUAAUUUAAAAAAUAAUAUGAUUGGGGAACCAGAGAAUGCAGAGAAGUUUUCCACUCCCCGUUCCGCGUUUUCGUCGAGACUCGCAAAGGUGAAAGAUAGCAUCUCGUCACGCUUCGCUCCUGUCCAGGAAAAGAUGAGAAUUCAUCUGGCGGACCUUAAAGACCAUAUCGCAAUAGCCAAAAACCCCAGAAUAGUAAACUACUACACCACCGGUGGCAAACCAGCCGUCCACGAAUUCGGUGAGACCGCAUCAGAUAGAACAAUCCCAUACCAAGCUCGGGAUGCAGCGCAGACUUUUGGAGAAGCAAGGGUAUUUUACGAUCCAAAGAAUUACAAGAAUCAAGUGCGGGUGGUGUAUACCGGUCAAUCCCCUGGUGGAGGCCUUGCUCCACCAGAGAUGUUCGGAACGUCCGUGGUUCCCGAGAAUAAAGCUCUGCCGUGGCCGAAAGCUUGGAGGCCGGAGGGAGUGCGGGAUACGAUGUCGACGUUUGGAGUUGCUCAUGAAGGCACUUUCUUGUACAGAGUUCCGGAAAGGUGGCCGACGAGGCUGAGGACGAAGGUUAACCAGUUGCCGACGAGGGUAAGGACGGAGGUUAAGCAGUGGCCGACGAGGGUAAGGACGGAGGUUAAGCAGUGGCCGACGAAGGUUAAGCAGUGGCCGACGAAGGUAAGGACGGAGGUUAACCAGUGGCCGACGAAGGUAAGGACGCAGGUUAACCAGUGGCCGACGAAGGUAAGGACGGAGGUUAACCAGUGGCCGACGAAGGUAAGGACGCAGGUUAACCAGUUGUCGACGAGGGUAAGGACGGAGGUUAACCAGUGGCCGACGAGGGUAAGGACGGAGGUUAAGCAGUGGCCGACGAAGGUAAGGACGGAGGUUAACCAGUGGCCGACGAGGCUAAGGACGAAGGCUAACCGGUUGACGGCGAUGGUGAGGCCUGUAGGCCCUAACCAGCAGCAGAUAGAUCAGAAUCCUGUAGCUGGUAGAUGGAAUAGAUUGGGUAAUAGGGUUGGAAGUGCUUGGGGUAAGAUGCAAACUGCUAGCAGCAACUUAGGAGAAAAGGUGAGGGGGUUGUUUAAGGGAGGUAAUCCUUCAGCUGUUGUUAGUGGUGCUAGGGAAGUUGCGAGGCCUAUUCGACGUUGA